GCACUCCAAUUCACCGCCCCGGCGCUCGCCCAGGCAGUAGAAGAAGGCAUCGCGCCCGACCAGCCUCCGCCCUCGGGCUGCAAAACCACCGUCGACAGCCCCUUCACCAUCGGCAUCGCCCCCAUCGCACCCCACAAGCGAGAAACCGCGCAAGAGUUUCCCACACAGGCCUCCGGCUCCUUCCUCACCCUAACCCUCACCGACGGCAUCCUCCGCGACCCCUCGAACCGCACCGGCUCCAUCGUCGCAAACUACCAAUUCCAAUUCGACGGACCCCCUCAAGCGGGCGCCAUCUACACGGGCGGCUUCUCCGUGUGCGCAAACGGCUCCCUCGCCCUCGGCGCCUCGACCGUCUGGUAUCGCUGCAUGAGCGGCGAUUUCGGCAACCUGUAUGAUCGCAGUAUCGGCGAUCAAUGCAGCGAGGUCAGGAUCGUGGCGAUG